AUGGUUCGGGUCGUUGGUAAUCAGGUGAAGAAGAAGUCUCCUCUAGUUUCCUCCUCAGAUCGGAAUCAGGUUAUUUGGGGAUUGGGAGAGAGAGAGAGAGAGGAUGGCGUCGGGGUGGGGAAUAACGGGGAACAAAGGGAGAUGUUACGAUUUCUGGAUGGAUUUCAGCGAGUGUAUGUCUCACUGCAGAGAGCCCAAAGAUUGCUCUCUUCUUCGCGAAGACUACCUCGAGUGUCUUCACCAUUCCAAAGAGUUCCAACGAAGAAACAGGAUUUACAAAGAGGAACAGCGUAAACUAAGAGCUGCUUCAAGGAAAGGUGAAGAAACUGGCGAUGCUACUCAUACUCAUCACUGAUCAAAGAUUUUUUCUCCUUCUACUCCUCCAAGUUUGCAUCUCUCGCAUCGCAGCUGAGAAGAAGAAUAAGGAAGAUUCUAUAUGUUGUGUGACAAACUCCAUUUUGAAUUUUUUUCAGUUUGCUUCUGCAAUUUCUGUCUUUUUUUGCCUUCUCUAUUUUACAUUUGAACUGAGUUGUAAUAUGGGCUUUUUAGCCUUCACUCACCAAAAGUUCUUCCUCAUGGCAAUAAUUUAAAACAGACUAGUGGAUGGAAUAAUGAAAUGGUCCAUUGACUUUCU